AUGCCCCUCCACAGCACGAAGACCACCAACCCUGGGGUCGAGAAGUUCCUCCAGGUCCAACAGAUCGCCUAUCCAUUGGUCGUACUCUUCCUCUACCUGAUCGCCUUCACCGUUCGCAGCAUCACCUUUGCCCGUAAUGAUAAUGACUUCACUCACGAAUCUCAACAACUCGGCCCCGGCGGGAAGCCCCUCCCCUCUCACAACCACAACCUCAAAGACACCCAUCCUGCAGACGCCCUCGACUUCUCGCGGCCCAGGAGGCUACUCUUCAAAUGGCUGUCCGCCGGCGUGCUGCUCAGUUUACUCGGCAACAUCGUCGUGGUCAUCGCACAUGCCCUCUAUGCCCGUGAGGAGGAGUGGUGGUGCGGGCAGGCACCGACAAUCUACCUAGUCGGCUCUUUCAUGGUCUACGCCCUGCUACUCAUCACCCUCAUCGAUACGACGCAUUCGCCAAAUGCAGCCCACGCCCUCACAUGGACCGUCGCCACGGUCAUGGAGAUUCUGCUUCUCGGAGCAUCGAUCGCGGUCUACAGCACAUCACACCACGAAUCCGUUGUUGGCGAUCCUGAUGGCGGACGAUUGCGGCAUGGAAUGACGGAGUGGGAGAUUACCGAGGUCAUACUCGACUUUGGCAGAAUCUUCAUUCUGCUCGGCUUGAUAAGCUUCUACACGCUAUUUGUGUAUCUCCGCAACUACCGCAUGAGGCAGGCCACACAAGAGGAGCAGACAGGGUUGUUGGCAGAGGACAGAGCCGAGCACAACGGGACAGCGACCGGACCGUCAAACGGUUACGGCACGAAUGGCAAGCCUAAAGGCCCUUCAGAAGCGCCUGCAGGCUGGGAGAAGCCAAAGGAGACUCCUUCACGCAGCUGGUGGGAGUACAUCCGCGCCUACGCUGUCUUUUUACCGUACAUCUGGCCUUCGAAGGACAAAGUGCUGCAGUUCAAGUUUGUGCUCUGCAUCAUCAUCGUCAUUAUUCAGCGCGGCGUUCAGGUCUUAGUACCGGUCCAGACCGGCGCCAUCACGACCGCUCUGGCUGGCGAUGAGACGCAUGCAUCCUAUAUGCCAUGGGGGCUGAUCACGUUCUACAUUGUGCUCCGCAUCUUUCAAGGCGGCAACGGCCUUCUCGGUGCAGCACGACAAGUGCUGUGGAUCCCAAUCGAGCAAUACUCGUACCGCGAGAUCUCCGUUGCGGCAUUCGAGCAUGUCCACAUGCUGAGCCUGGAGUUCCAUCUCGGAAAGAAGACUGGGGAGGUGCUAUCAGCUCUCGGCAAGGGUGCUUCUCUUAAUACGUUCUUGGAGUCCAUCACGUUUAAUGUGCUGCCGAUGCUGGUCGAUCUUGCGGUGGCAGUGGUGUACUUCCUGGCCGCUUUCGAUGCCUAUUAUGCCCUCGUCAUUGGAAUCAUCACCUUUUGGUACAUUUACAUCACCAUCCGCAUGGCUGCGUGGCGUGCAGACAUCCGUCGACAGGCUACUAACGCGAGCCGGGAGGAAGAUGCUGUGAAAAACGACUCGAUGAUGUCCUACGAAACGGUCAAGUACUUCAACGCCGAAGCAUACGAAUUCAACAGGUACCGAGACGCCGUGAUGAAAUACCAAAAGGCCGAGUACGGCGUCACAUUUUCGCUGGCCUUGAUGAAUACCAUCCAGAAUCUAGUCUUCAUGAUGGGCUUGAUCGUCAUGUGCUUCAUCGCCGCUUACCAAGUAACGACGAAGAAGCUGGAGGUGGGCAGAUUUGUGACGCUCCUGUCGUACAUGAGCCAGCUUCAAGGACCACUCAACUUCUUCGGGACGUUCUAUCGCAUGAUCCAGAACAACAUGAUCAACAGUGAGAGGAUGCUGGAGCUGUUCAAGGAGAAGCCGACGGUGGUGGACAGACCCGAUGCAGAGGAGAUGCCGACUUGUGAAGGAGAAAUUCGCUAUAACGACGUGCGUUUCUCAUACGACAACCGGAAGCCUGCUCUGCAAGGUCUGACCUUCCGAUGCAAGCCUGGCACAACGACCGCGCUUGUUGGCGAGUCCGGUGGCGGCAAAUCAACAGUCUUCCGGUUGCUGUUCCGUUUCUACAAUGCUGAGUCCGGAAGCAUGCAGCUGGAUGGGCGCGACGUGGAAGGCGUGACCAUCGACAGCCUAAGACGGCACAUCGGUGUCGUUCCGCAGGAUACGGUUCUCUUCAAUGAGACUCUAAUGUAUAAUUUGAAAUACGCCAGGCAAAGUGCGACAGACGAGGAAGUCUACGCAGCCUGCAAGGCUGCCAGCAUUCACGACAAGAUAAUUGGCUUUCCAGAUGGGUAUGACACCAAGGUUGGAGAGCGCGGUCUGCGGCUUUCUGGCGGCGAGAAGCAGAGAGUGGCGAUCGCACGUACCAUCAUCAAAGAUCCCAGGAUCAUCCUGCUGGACGAAGCAACCGCUGCGCUUGACACCGAGACCGAGGAGCACAUCCAGGAAGCGCUAACAACACUCGGACGCGGCCGCACGAUGCUCAUAAUCGCUCACCGCCUGAGUACAAUCACCAUGUGCGACCAAAUCCUCGUCCUCCACGAAGGCCGCGUCGCAGAGCGUGGCACCCACAUGGAGUUACUGGCCAUGAAAGGCCGUUACGCAGGCAUGUGGCGCAAGCAAGUCAGAGCCCAGCGCGCAGCAGAAGAAGCCAAGGUGCUCAAGGACAAGGCGGAUAGGCUUCGCAGAGAGAGCAUGGAAAGCAGCAGCUUACGCCGUGGGAUCUCCAUCGUGGAGGAGAGCCCGCCCAGCAGUGAAGAUGAAAGUCGCCGCCGUCAACAGCAGCAGCGCGAGCAGUCUGAUCUGCAGUCCUCGCUGUCGUUGUCACCUCGCCAAGCGGUGCCGCAGGCGCAGAUCUCGUCGGCGUUGGGCGCGGAUACGGGGACCGACUCGCAGCCCCAGCGGGAAGCGAUGAGGUCUGGCGUUGUGCGCUCGCCUUCGCCGGUCAACGAGGAAGGCGGCUCGCACAAGCCAGCCGAACAUCCCUGA